ACAUUCCUUCUCUCCCAGGCACACGCCCUAUGAGAAAGAAAAAAAGUUGGCUGGAGUGAGAAGUUAAAUCACGGAAAAGAUAUGUGUUGCUGGUUACUCUAACGCAGGACUGAAGAGGAGGAUCUUGAGAAAGAAGGAGCGCAGUUUCCGAAAUAGUUUCUUGCCUUUUGUUGUCCUGUCCUAACGAUAUGGAGUCAGCCAUUAAGACGGUGGUGACCACAUUUCUUAAUUCUUCCAGUGGGAAGGAGAACCUAAGCGGGGGUGGCUUCCAGAAACUGGUAAAGAAUAAGCUUGGCGGCCUCAUGCAGGAUGCAGACCGCGCCUCUGCCGUUAAGGAGAUGCAGCAGGGAUUGGAUGUGAACAACGAUGGAAAGGUCAGCUUCCAGGAAUACCUCACUCUGAUUGGCUACCUGGCCAACUCCCUUAGUGAGAGCAAGACUGGAUCCAGUGCAAAUGCAUCAUAGAUGCUGGUGUAGCUGGUGGAUUGGCUAAUUAACAGCCUUUUUUGUUUUGCGUGUUUUAAGUAUCUUUUCUCAUUUCCAAAUGUUCUAGACAUGACAUUUUUUUUCACAUCAAUCCAUAAUCAUUUUCAUUCAAUUAAUCAGCCAGUUGUAUAAUGCUCUUAAUGUCUGUCCAGAUCAGCCUUUUUUUCAGUCACACCAUAUUGAUCUCCACUGUCAAGGACACAUUGAAGGACUCUAAACUGGGAGUGUCUUUUUCUUAUGCCAAUUCUACAAAAGAUACUUACUGUAUUUUCAAAAUAAAAGCUUUAUGUAAUAAAACUA